GUUAUAACAUCACCUAAUUAUUACUGCGAGGGAUACGAACGUCAUGAAACUCGUCUUAUGCCGGGAAUGAUGUGUCUGGGAAUAUCGCGUGAGGAGAACCCUGUGACCCCAUGUUUAGCUGUGCCGGGCGCUCCGCUCGUCAUCAGCGGUCACCUUGCUGGCUUGCAGUCGUGGGGCUUCGGCUGCGGCUAUCAAAACGAUCUGCCCUUAGUCUACACAGAUAUGCGCCAUUACCAACCAUGGAUUCUUCACAACGUCCCAAUUCUAAGAAAUCUAACUCAAUACAAUUUGACAGAAAUGUUUCAAGCAACAAGAGCGUACAGCCUUUCCAAGUGGCUCACCUUGACAAGAGAAAAUUUCGAACCUUUGUCUCUUACGUUUGCUGAGAAACCGAUAGUACAAAGAAAUUUGGAUAGAGAGCUGGCAAAGCUAAAAGGAAAGGUCUUUGAUAUUAGAGAUUUUAUUUAUUCCGGUGAAUUACAUUUACUGAAAAGUGAAAUGUUUGAAAGUAUAAGAAAUAGUUCCAACCAUGAACAUAGAAAUAGUAGUGUAUUUAUGUCUAUGACUACGAAACCAUUUUUAGAUAUGGACAAAUAUAAUAAUGAUGAAGAUUCUUCCGAUUUUGAAGAUAGCAAAAACUCUUCGAAUAAAUUAAAUGCAAGUGAGUCUGAUACUGAUGAAUCACAGUAUAACGUUGUCAAGUUACAAGAAUUUUAUGUUUAAAUUGUUAAUGUAGUUACACGUGACUUUAUGUUACAUUUCAUGUAUUUAGAAGCA